AUGUCUAAGCGUGGAAAAGGAAAGAAAAACAAAGAUUUUGAUAGUGAUUUAGAAGAGAAUCAAGUUGAGGAAAUUAAAAGUAAAUCAAAAGGUAAAAAUGAGGAAGAGAAAGUUACAAAAAAAAGAAAUAAGAAAGGCAAAAAACAAGUUGCUGGAAGUGACAGUGAGGAUGAAAAACCUGUAAAAUCUGAAUCAGUUCAAGAAAAACAGUCUAAAGCUUCAGCAAAAUCUAGUAAAAAGAAAGCUAAUAAGAAGAAGAAUGAUUUUGGUAGUGAUGACGAGGAUGAAAAAAAUUUGCUUAAACUGGAAAAAUCUGAUGGAUCUGAAAUGGAUGAUGUUCCAGUAAAAAAAUCUUCCCAGAAAUCAAAGAAAAAAGGAAAGGGAUCUAAAAGACAAGAAUCGUCUGAUGAUGAACAGCUUUUAAGCGAGUCAGAAGAAGAGAUUGUUGCUCCAGUAAAAUCUAAAGGCAAAAAUAAGAAAAAAGGUAAAAACCUUCCAGAAUCAGACGACGAUGACAUUGAUGCAGAUGAGGAACCAAUUAAGCCUGUACAACAGUCAAAAUCGAAAGACAAGAAAGGCAAGAAGAAAAAGGUCCAGGAUUUUGAUUCUGAUGAAGAAGAAGUAGUACAAGAAUUAAAGGAAUCAUCUGAUGAAGAAAUUUCAUUUAAACCAGUUCAGAAAUCAAAGAAAAAAGGCAAAGCCACAAAGAGACAAGAAUCGGAAGAUGAACAAAUCCCCAGUCAAUCAGAAAUGGACGUAGAAGAAAAGAAAAUUGUGCCACAAAAGGAAAAUAUUUCACCUCAAAACGAAGCGAAAGUUGUGCCUUCAAAAGAGGAUAUUGUGCCUGUACAAGAAGAAAUCCAGCCAGAAAAACAAGAAGUUGUCGAAGAAACAAAACCCAAGGAUAAAAAAGAUAAGAAAAAGAAGGGAAAAGAGAUAGUUGUUGUUGAAUCUGAAGAACCAACAGAUGACAUUGCUGAAUUAGAGGAUAAAAUGGCUGAAACAGAAAUCACUGACAAAUCUGAGAAGAGAGUUACAAAUAAGGAAUUGAAAAAAAUUAAAAAGAAGCAAAUGUAUGAGCAACAAUUGGAAGAUAUGCUAAGGAAGGGAGGUCAAGGACAUUCUGAAUUAGAUAGUAACUUUACAAUGUCACAAGCUCACAAAACUGGUGGACAAAAAGCUGCUUUGGAACAUGCUGUUGAUAUUAAAGUUGAAAAUUUUACAAUAUCAGCAAAAGGUAAUGAUUUAUUUGUAAACUCAAACUUGUUGAUUGCAAAUGGACGUAGAUAUGGUUUAGUAGGUCCUAAUGGGCACGGAAAAACGACAUUAUUAAGACAUUUAGCAAAUCGUGCCUUCGAUAUUCCACCAAAUAUUGAUGUGUUGCUUUGUGAGCAAGAAGUUGUUGCUGAUGAUUAUUCAGCUGUCGAAACAGUUCUAAGAGCAGAUUCUAAGAGAACAGCUUUGCUUGAAGAAGCCAAGGAUUUGGAAGCUGAAACUGAAAAAGGAAAUUUAAAAGUACAGGAUCGAUUAAAUGAUGUUUAUGCUGAAUUAAAGGCAAUUGGAGCAGACUCGGCGGAGCCAAGAGCUAGAAGAAUUCUUGCUGGUCUUGGAUUUUCGAAAUCUAUGCAAAAUCGUGCAACGAAAAAUUUCUCUGGAGGUUGGAGAAUGAGAGUUUCACUUGCUCGUGCUUUGUUUAUUGAACCAACAUUAUUGUUACUUGAUGAACCUACUAAUCAUCUUGAUUUAAAUGCUGUCAUUUGGUUAGACAAUUAUUUACAAGGAUGGAAGAAAACUCUUCUUAUUGUGAGUCACGACCAAAGCUUCUUGGACAACGUUUGUAAUGAAAUCAUUCAUCUUGAUAAUAAGAAAUUGUACUAUUAUAAAGGAAAUUAUUCAAUGUUUAAGAAAAUGUUUGUCCAAAAACGUAGGGAAAUGGUUAAAGAAUAUGAGAAGCAAGAAAAACGUAUAAAGGAAUUGAAAGCUCAUGGUCAAUCAAAAAAAUCUGCAGAGAAGAAAACUAAAGAUACGCUUAGUAAAAAGCAAGAGAAAAUAAAGAAAGGCAAAGAGGAUUUGGAUGAUGAUAAACCAGUUGAAUUGCUGGCAAGGCCUAAAGAUUACAUUGUCAAAUUUAGCUUUCCAGAUCCACCACCACUUCAACCACCAAUUUUGGGUCUACAUAAUGUCACAUUUGCUUUUGAAGGUCAAAAACCACUUUUUAUUGAUACGGAAUUUGGAAUUGACUUAAGCAGUCGUAUAGCCAUCGUUGGACCUAAUGGUGUCGGAAAAUCAACGUUCCUUAAAUUAUUGGUUGGUGAAUUGGAACCGAAAAAGGGCGAACAAAAGAAAAAUCAUCGAUUGAGAAUCGGACGAUUUGAUCAGCAUUCUGGAGAACAUUUGACUGCCGAGGAAACGCCAGCUGAAUAUUUAAUAAGAUUGUUUAAUUUGCCUUAUGAAAAAGCUCGUAAACAAUUGGGAACUUUCGGUCUAAGCAGUCAUGCUCACACAAUCAAAAUGAAGGAUUUAUCAGGAGGACAAAAAGCUAGAGUUGCAUUAGCAGAGCUGACAUUAGGCGCUCCAGAUGUAUUGAUUCUUGAUGAACCUACGAACAAUCUCGAUAUCGAGUCAAUUGACGCUUUAGCUGAAGCUAUAAAUGACUAUAAAGGUGGUGUUAUUAUUGUGUCUCAUGACGAACGUCUUAUUCGUGAAACCGAAUGUGCUCUGUAUGUCAUUGAGGAUCAGACAAUAAAUGAAGUUGAUGGAGGUUUUGAUGAUUAUCGUAAGGAAGUGCUGGAUCAAUUGGGUGAAGCUAUCAAUAAUCCUUCAAUAUCUGCAAAUGCAGCCGUACUUCAAUAA